GACCGAACCUACGUUCGCGUCCAGGGUGGGGCCACGCCCAACUAACAAAGAACAGAAAAAGGAGAGGCUCUCUGCGAAGGAGGCUAGGCUAGCCUAAUACCGUGCAAGAAAGAGUAGACAAUGAAAACGGCUAAAAUGAAGAAACUAAUGUUUCAUCUGGGCUGGAUCGUACUAACUGCCACUUCAGUUUUAACAACUCAGUCUGAAGGUGCAGAUCCAUCAGUGUCUCUGACUGUUGAGGGAGGAGGGAGUCUGGUUGGUGAACAAUGUCCUGGAACUGUCAAGAUUUUGUGUUAUGGAAUAAAUUUGUCACUUUUACGGUGGAGGUACAACGGGAACAUAGAUAUAUUAAGGUCUGCCUUUCCCUCAGAUACCACAGCACCUUCUUCUGUUAAUACUAAUAAUCCAGCGUUCGUAAGAGUGGAGCUGCUAUCAGUAGCACAGGAUCCAGCUAAUCUAAAUUUUGCUAACUUUUCAUCUGAGCUUGUUGUAAACGUGUCAAAUCUAAGAACAGAGAGUGUAACAAAUAUUACAUGUGGGGAUCCAGGAACUUCCAAAAUGAUUCCAGUGGAUGUUGAGAUUAUACAACAAACUGAGCCUGAGAGUCCCAUUGGAAUGAAUGUGACAGCUCUCUAUGAAUUUGGAUCCUUGACUGAUGCCAUUGUCUCUUGGAAAAAGUUGGAAACACGAUGUCCAGAAUUUCAGACCUUCUUGAUCUAUCAAGUCACACUGUUGGGCUCUGGUAUUGUCACAGUAAAUCACACAAGCUGUGGAGAAGUGUGCAUAGUCAACUUUCAGAACUUUUCCGAUGCUAUUGAAGUGUAUAGGGUGUCACUGUUUGCUGUUAAUGCCAUCGGGGCAAGUGAACUUGUGGAAUAUCCAGCCAUUAUCGUGAAACAAAGCAGCUUCUACUUCACACCUACUUUCCUCUCAAACGAUUGUCUGUUUGUUUGUGAGUGCUUCUCAAAUGGAAGUCUGGAUACAGACAGUUGCAAUGUGCUGUACGCAACUGACUCGAUGUACAGGGAUCCAAUGAUGAUUGUUUCUCCACUCAAUACGCAAUUUGAAAUAGCUGAAAUAACUACUGACAGAGUCUAUUUUUUUGAGUUCUCUGUGUCUGUGAAUGGCACUCUGGUUGUUAGGAACAGGCUUACUGAAAAAGCGAUAUCAAGUCCGAGGUUCAGUACAGUGGUUAUUGUUUUCCUUGCUCUAACCAUUUUGCUUAUCACUGUCGGAACAGCAUUUGGUAUAGUUAUCUGUGUUGCUAAGCAAUUGCAAGGGGUUAAAGCAAAGAUUGUUUUGUUUAUGGUAUGUCUCUUUGGAAUGUUGAGCUUGAUUUGUCUAAUUGUUUUCUUCAUUAUCACUGGUGUUCAACAAGACACAUGCAGUCUGGAUUGGAGCAGAGCACGUGAUGCAUUGGUCAUUGUAGCCUUUCUGUUUGCUCUAUUUGGAAAUGCUCUUCUGGUCUGUUUCCUGCUUGUCUCUUGCCAACAAAAAAAGUCUGGCCGGAUGAAUUUGCAGUUUAGUAAAGAUUCCCAGACCAACAUGUAUAGUAUCUCAGAACAAACGGACGCAAUAGCUGAGGGUUUGACUAGCAAUUCUAAAGCAAAUCCUGAGAAGACAAAUACCGCUUCAGGGGCCAAGGAUGUAAUAGCACCUUCAGAGAAUAUGGAGUCUAGUAAAAACAAGAAGAGUGAGUCUAAGAAAUUCACUGUCUACAAAGUUGUGGUCAGACUUGAGGAUAGGUGGUACCUUGUGUUCAGAAGGUACCCUGAAUUUGAAACUCUUUUUGGCGAAAUUAAAAAGGUGUACCCAUCCUUGGAUAAAUUGCCAGGGAAGAAAGUCUUAAAGAACAAAUUUGAUCCGAAUUUCAUCGACGAACGUCGCAUUGGGCUACGUGAUUUCAUUAUCAACCUCAUGAAUAUCCCCGACAUCCUAGAGUUUCUCCCAGUCCGUGAAUUCCUGGCCAUCAACGACCCACGUUCAGCACUCCCCAUCAACGACGAGCCGGUAGACGAACAGAGAGUACAAGAGGCGGACAGGGUGAAGCUUGGUGAGAAGGAGGACACCACUGCCAAGAUCACUGACCUUGACCUGCUCAAAGUUAUUAGGAAAGGAACCUUCGUGAAAGUAGAUCCGGUCCUUUAUAGAGCUUACAAACCUAUUAUGAUGUAUAUCUUGCUACAAAUCACCUAUCACCAGGUCUACCUGGGUCGACACAAGGAAACUGGUGCUUUCUAUACCAUCAAAGUCCUGCAAAAGGAAGCAAUCAGUGAGGUUGAACUCACAAUGGCCAAGAGAAAUAUCGCGAUCCACCCGUUUCUAGUAGGCCUACAUUACUCCUUUCAGACGAGGACUAAGCUAUAUUUUUUGUUGGAAUAUGUGAACGGUGGAAAGCUGUUGUUUCAUCUGCAAAGACAGAAAAAUAAUGCUUUCGAUGAGCCCAGUGCAAGAUUCUACGCUGCUGAGAUCACCUCUGUCCUCGGGUACCUACACAGUCUCAGUAUUAUCUAUUGGGAUCUCAAACUUGAAAAUAUUCUGCUGGAUGCUAACGGGCACAUCAUGCUAACAGACUUUGGACUCUGCAAGGAAGAGGUCAAAUUUGGAGAGACAGUAAAAACUUCUGGCACUCCCGAAUAUCUAGCCCCUGAGGUGCUCAGAAAGCAAGAGUAUGGUUACAGUGUCGACUGGUGGUGUCUGGGCGUGGUAAUCUACGAAAUGAUGUACGGGCUGCCACCGUUUUUUUCUGAAGAUGUUACUCAAAGGCACACCAAUAUUAUUCAGAAGUCUCUAAAACUGCACACUCACAUUUGUAUCACUUCCAGUGCUCAAGACCUGCUCGAAAGUUUGCUGCAAAAAGACAAAAAUGUUCGAUUAGGCGAUCAUAACGACAUCAAGUUUCACUCAUUUUUUAAGUCUAUCAACUGGGAUGCCCUGUUUAAUAAGCGAUUGAAGCCUCCGUUUAUCCCUUCUCCGGUAAAGGAUGCCCUCAAACUUGGACAUUUUGGAUCCGAGCUUACUGCCGUGGCUAUUUCUGACGCGCAGCUACACGGGACAGAGGGUGUGCCAUGUGUGAGCAUUGCUGACGACACUUUUAAUGUAAUGAACUAGUUAUACCCACAAAAAAGUAUAUGUGUGUUCUAGCGACUGUGUAUCAUCAGUCUUGAUUAUUAACGUUUUCGUCAUUGUUUGUGUAUAAUUAUAUAUAGAUCUAUGUUCAAAUGUGACUCGUGUUUACCUAUAACUGAAAGGAAAA